GAGAGAGAGAGUGAGAGAGAUCAUGUAUAGGUAGAUACUCUUCUGUCUGUGUGUGUCUCUUUGGUUAGAUUCUUUCGUGAUUUGGUCUUUUGAAACGAUCUCCUUUUUCUCUUUCAUGGCGGCAACCCAACCACAGGGACCAGAUCGUACCUCUGAAGAUAAAACUGCCGAAUCAGAAAACGUGAAAGAGCAGCAACAGUCUGCGAAAAAUGAAGGGUCAGUUUCUCCCAAUCCUUCUCGGGAUGCUGCCACCGUAGGUCAUCCUAGAGACCCAGUAGUUCAAUCAGGAUCUUUUGCUUCUAGCAGAGAUCGAGCAGUUUAUCCACCUAACAUCUAUGCUCCACAGGCCCAAACCUUCUACUACAGAGGUUAUGAAAAUGGAGCUGGUGAGUGGGAUGAGUAUCCUCAAUACCUCAAUGCUGAAGGAUUGGAAAUUGGAUCACCCGGCGUCUACAAUGAAAAUCCUUCUCUUGUCUUCCAUUCGGGAUAUGGUUAUAAUCCACAAAUGCCAUAUGGACCUUAUUCUCCAGUCACAACACCGUUGCCUUCUGUAGGUGGAGAUGCACAACUGUACUCUCCCCAGCAAUUUCCAUAUUCAGGGCCACCUUAUUUUCAGCAGGUAGGACCAGCCAACAUGCCAUAUAUUACUUCACCAAAUCCAGUUUCGCAGCCAGAGCUCACUACAUUACUAGGUGUUGACCAACAAGGUGAUAGCAUGCUUUUUGGACCAAGGCCUGGUUAUCCUGCCAUGGGAUCUUUUGGUAGAGGCAGUUUUCCAGGAAAUCCUGGUACUCUUGGUUUUCAUGAUUUGCAGCAAGGUUUUGAUGGAUUGAGAUCUGGUGGAAUUUGGUCAGAUUGGUCAAAACCCUCGGAUAGACAGAAAUCUUUGACUCCAUUUUCACCAGCAGUAUCUCCACAGCCGAUUGGCCCAGUUGGGUCAUUUGGGCAUAAUGUCAGAAUGGCUUCUCAACACCAAAGAUCAUUAUACGGGUUUGGAUCUGGUUCAAAUUCGUACAGUAGGGGCUUCCUGCCCGGUGGUUUUAGUCGAGGCUCAAAUGCAUCAUUUUCCAGUUUGGGAACAAACAGUCAAGGCUGGCUAACACUUGACAAUAGCAAACGCCGUGUGAGGGGCAGCGUUGCACUGUGCAGCUGUAAUGGUACCAUUGACAUUCUUAAUGAGCAGAACCGAGGACCGAGGGCCUCAAAGCCAAAGAGUCAAAUUACGACCGAUGGUACCUCUACAGACAAUAACAAACAUAACACAACAACUGCUAAGAUCCGUGAUGAAUCCUACAACCACCCGGACUUUAUAACAGAGUACAAGGAUGCUAAGUUCUUUAUUAUCAAAUCUUACAGUGAAGAUAAUGUUCACAAGAGCAUCAAAUAUGGUGUUUGGGCUAGCACACCAAAUGGGAACAGAAAGUUAGAUGCUGCAUAUCGCGAAGCUAAGGAGAAGCAAGAUACCUGCCCGGUCUUUCUCUUAUUUUCGGUGAAUGCUAGUGCUCAGUUUUGUGGGGUAGCUGAAAUGUUUGGGCCGGUUGACUUUGACAAGAGUGUAGAUUACUGGCAGCAAGACAAAUGGAGUGGACAGUUUCCUGUCAAGUGGCAUAUCAUCAAAGACGUCCCCAAUAGUCAGUUUCGCCAUAUAGUGCUUGAAAAUAAUGACAACAAGCCUGUAACCAACAGCCGAGACACUCAAGAGGUCAAAUUGGAGCAGGGUAUUGAGAUGUUGAAGAUCUUCAAAAAUUAUGAGACUGAUAUGUCCAUUCUCGAUGAUUUCGAUUUCUACGAAGACAGGCAGAAAGCAAUGCAAGAGAGGAAGGCGAGACAACAAGCCAGCCUAAUGACUGUUGGUGUAGUGAACGAAAACGAGCACAGAAAUGCUGCUGCAAUAUCUGGUGGUUUUAUUAAGCAAAUGUCCAAGAGUUUUGCUCAAGUUGUACGCUUAGAUGAGGGCAGUAAAGAAGCUUCCCUUUCUGACCGAGCUACUUCCGUCAAUGAUGUCUCCAUAGGCACAAGAGUGAAACUUGAAGAUGCUAUAACAGCAGCUGUGUCUUCUGCUCAAGCCAGUUAAUUAUACGGGCAUGGCUUGUGGUGCUAUGUAGCUACUCAAGGUUUGAUUCUGUUACAGUUUCGUUAUUUUAUGAUAAGGUAGGCUCCGAAGUCUCUUUAUUGAUUGCAAUGUUUCUGUAUUUUCGAAUGGAAAGUCUUCUAUAAAUUCUACAAAGCUGAUGAGCUUCAUGUAUAAUAUGCUUCCCGAGCGCUGCAUUUUUAUUGCAGCCAUUAGUUUUCCCUCUCACAAGUUUGUUUUUGUGAAGAUAUUGGCUCAUGUUUUACCUUAGUAAAGUUGCCCAUCUCUGCAGGCAAUUCAAUAAGAAACGAUGUGAAAGACGUCAAAAAGAAAAGAUGUUUAUUUUGCUCUUCUUUCUUUGCUUACCUAAUACACCAUGGUGUCUGUGUGUUAAACAAUAUUAGUGCACAAGUUGUGAAAACAAACUUACAGGGAUUUAUGCUGUAUGUAUCAGUAACCUCUGUGUUGGAAAAAAGAAAAUAAUAAAUUCUGCUGAGAUCUUAGCAA